UCAGAACAAUUGGUAUUUGUUGAUGAGUCCGCGAAAGAUAAAAGAUCUAUAAUACGAGGUUAUGGCUAUUCGCAAAUCAAUACUCGGGCAGCAAAAAAAGUUGUAUUUGUGCGUGAAUAUCUAAAUGCAUUUGGAGUAUGUGUAGAAUUUCUUCCAGCAUACUCACCAGAUCUCAAUCCAAUUGAGACUGCAUUUUCUGUAAUUAAAAACUAUUUACAACGAUAUAGGUACUUUGUUGAGAGCUCACAUGACCCAAAGUAUCCUUUAUUAGUAGCAUAUACACAAAUUUUACCAGAAAUGGCAAAAAAAUUUUAUGAAGCUUCAGGAUACAAAUAA